CCCGCGGGCCUGAGCGACCCUCGCCGCGGCAGCGUCCUCUUCUGCCGCUCGCCGCCAUGGACGUGUACCCCCCGCACCGGCUUGGGUUGCCCCGCGCGCGGUCCCCCGGCGGCUCCGGCCGCGGGUCGCCCUCCGUCAGCUGCAGCCGACUCCGCCAGGUUCAGAGCAUCUUGACCCAGAGCAGCAAGUCUCGACCUGAUGGGAUCCUCUGCAUCCUAGGAAUCGAUAGCAGGUACAAUGGAGGCUGCAGAGAGCUGGCGAACUAUCUUCUGUUUGGUUUGUACAAUCAAAAUACAAGUGAUUUUGAGAAAACAGGGUUUUCUGAAGAAGUUCUAGAUGAUGUAAUUAUAUUGAUUAAAUCAGAUAGUGUCCACCUGUACUGUAAUCCUAUAAACUAUCGCUAUCUCUUACCUUAUGUGGCACAUUGGAGAAAUCUGCAUUUCCACUGCAUGACUGAAAAUGAGUAUGAAGAUGAGGAAGCUGCAGAAGAAUUUAAAAUUGCCAGCUUUGUGGACAUGGUUCGAGACUGUAGUAGAAUUGGCAUUCCUUACAGCUCCCAAGGUCACUUGCAGAUAUUUGAUAUGUUUGUAGUAGAGAAAUGGCCAAUUGUACAGGCCUUUGCACUUGAGGGCAUUGGAGGGGAUGGAUUUUUUACCAUGAAAUAUGAGUUACAGGAUGUGAGUUUGAGUCUAUGGAAUGUCUACAGCAAGAUGGAUCCUAUGUCUCUGGAGAGUUUGCUUUCAGAAGAUUUGGUGGCUUUUGAACAUCAGUGGACUAGCUUCUUUGCUAAUUUUGAUACAGAAAUUCCUUUCCUGCUGGAACUUUCUGAAUCUCAGGCGGGUGAGCCAUUCAGAAGUUACUUCAGUCAUGGAAUGAUCUCCAGCCAUAUAACUGAAAACAGCCCUAAUAGGCAGCCAUUCGUUCUCUUUGGUAAUCACUCCACACGAGAAAAUCUGAACGCUGGCAACUUUAACUUCCCUUCUGAAGGGCAUCUGGUACGCAGCACUGGUCCCAAUGGGAGCUUUGCCAAACACAUGGUAGUACAGUGCGUCUCACCAAAGGGACCCCUUGCUUGUUCAAGAACAUACUUUUUUGGAGCUACUCAUGUUCCUUACUUGGGUGAUGAGAAUAAGCUGCCCAAGAAAACUGAACAAAUUAGGCUCUUGUCCCAGGUGUACGCUGCUGUUAUACAGGCUGUUUUGGCUGGCAUUGCAUGUUAUGCUAAAACUUCCAGUCUAACAAAGGCAAAGGAGGUAGCUGAGCAGACCCUGGGAUCUGGGUUAGAUUCCUUUGAGUUGAUGCAGUUUAAGGCAGCCCUACGCUCCAAGAUGGCUUUUCAUAUCCAUGCUGUGAAUAAUCAGGGAAGGAUUGUGCCUCUGGACAGUGAAGAUAGCUUAUACUUCGUGAAGACGGCUUGUAUGACUGUAUAUGACAUUCCUGACUUACUGGGAGGAAGGGGGUGCUUAGGGUCUGUGGUCUUCUCAGAAUCCUUUUUGACAUCUCAGAUCUUGGUUAAAGAAAAGGAUGGCACUGUUACCCCAGAAACCAGCUUCAUAGUCCUGACAGCCGCCAUACCCAGAUUCUGCUCCUGGCUGGUAGAAGAUAAUGAAGUAAAAUUGUCUGAGAAAACCCAGCAAGCAGUGAAGGGGGAUGCCAGUUUCCUGGGUACUUUUCUAACAGGAGGAGAAGGAGCAUAUCUUUAUUCCAGCAAUCCACAUUCUUGGCCUGAGGAAGGGAAAGUGCACUUCUUCUCUAGUGGUCUUCUGUUUUCUCACCGUCAUCACGGAAGUAUUGUCCUUUCCAAGGAUCACAUGAAUGCCAUUUCCUUCUAUGAUGGGGAUUCCACAAGUGUUGUUGCUUCCCUUCUGAUAGACUUCAAAAGCUCGUUGCUUCCUCAUCUCCCAGUUCAUUUCCAUGGAUCAAGCAAUUUUCUGAUGAUUGCCCUUUUCCCCAAAUCAAAGAUAUACCAAGCAUUUUACUCAGAGGUCUUCUCCCCCUGGCAGCAGCAGGCUAACUCAGGGCUGUCUUUAAAAGUGAUCCAGGAAGAUGGAUUAUCUGUGGAACAAAAGAGAUUACACUCCAAUGCCCAGAAGCUCUUCAGUGUCCUGGGCCAUUCUGCUGGGGAGAAACAGAGUCCUCUAAAGCUACUCCCAGCCAAACUUCCAGAGCUAGACUGGUUUCUUCAGCAUUUCGCCAUCAGCAGCAUUAGUCAGGAGCCUGUGAUGAGGACCCAUCUCCCUGUCCUGCUGCAGCAAGCUGAAAUCAGCCCUACUUACCGAGUAGAAAAUGACAAGGUAAUUAUCAGCAUUGUAACUGGCCUCCCAGGCUGUCAUGCUAGCGAGCUCUGUGCUUUUCUGGUCACUCUGCAUAAGGAAUAUGGCAGGUGGAUGGUAUACCGCCAAAUCAUGGAUAGCUCCGAAUGUUUUCAUGCUGCCCACUUCCAAAGAUACCUUUCCAGUGUCCUGGAGGCUCAGCAGAACCGCCCUGCCCGCCAGUCAGCCUACAUCCGCAAAAAGACCCGACUGCUAGUGGUGUUGCAAGGCUACACAGAUGUUAUUGAUGUCGUCCAGGCCCUGCAGACCCAUCCAGACUCAAAGGUCAAGUCCUCCUUCACCAUUGGUGCCAUCACGGUGUGCGUGGAGCCCCUGAGCUGCUACAUGGAGCACAGAUUUCUCUUUCCUAAAUGUCUUGACCAGUGUUCACAAGGCCUGGUGAGUAAUGUGGUGUUCACCAGUCACACCACGGAGCAGAGGCACCCUCUCCUUGUCCAGCUGCAGAGCCUCAUCAGGGCUGCCAGUCCUACUGCAGCCUUCAUUCUUGCAGAAAAUGGGAUUGUCACCAGGAAUGAAGACAUUGAGCUGAUUCUCUCAGAAAAUAGUUUUUCAAGUCCUCAGAUGCUACGAUCUCGAUAUUUAAUGUACCCUGGCUGGUAUGAAGGUAAAUUUGAUGCUGGAUCAGUCUUCCCACUAAUGGUUCAGAUCUGCGUAUGGUUUGGUCGUCCCUUGGAGAAGACUCGCUUCGUGGCCAAGUGUAAAGCAAUUCAGUCUUCCAUCAAGCCAAGUCCCUUCUCUGGAAACAUCUACCACAUCCUUGGCAAAGUGAAGUUUUCAGACUCUGAGAAGGCCAUGGAGGUCUGCCAUAACACUCUGGCCAAUUCUUUGAGCAUUGUCCCUGUUUUGGAGGGACCCUCGCCACCGCCUGACUCCCGAAGCACACCUCAAGAAAGCAACGGGCAGCAGGAAUGUUACCUUGUGUUCAUCGGCUGCUCCCUGAAGGAAGAAAGCGUCAAGGACUGGCUGCGGCAGUCAGCUAAGCAGAAGCCUCAGAGGAAAGCCCUGAAGACCAGGGGAAUGCUGACCCAGCAGGAGAUCAGGAAUAUCCACGUGAAACGCCACCUGGACCCCCUGCCCGCAGGCUACUUUUACAAUGGCACCCAGUUUGUCAACUUCUUUGGUGACAAGACUGAUUUUCACCCACUCAUGGACCAGUUCAUGAAUGACUACGUGGAAGAAGCCAACCGGGAAAUUGAGAAGUAUAACCGAGAGCUGGAACAGCAGGAGUAUCAUGACCUCUUUGAGCAGAAGCCCUAGGGGAAGGCUGGGCCAUACAUCCUGGAGAACGUCCACCCUGGAGGUGGACGUUUAAAAAUGGGGUUACUUAACCUCAGCUCUCCCAGAGGCCCCUCCCUAAAGGGGCUGUCUUUCUUCUUCUUGGCCUUUGUGUACUGGCUUGAGUGCAUGUUGUCUUUAUUCUCUAUACAGCGCUGAAGAGCAUCACCUGCACCACUGAUGGGGGGUGGGGGGGUCUUCAUGGAGGAUGAGCAGAUAGGGACUGCCCUGUGUGUGGGGCUGGCAGCCCAGAACCUCUGGGUAUCUCCUUUGGGCUGCUGAGGCACUGUGACAGUGGGGAGAAUCAUUUGUUACACAGAGUUGCUGUUGGCAAGCAGAAGGAACCCUGGCUGCCUGAACUGUGGCCAUGCCUGGGGGACCAAGCCACCACAGGUGUUGGGCCUCAGACACUGUCCCAGGAGAGCCCUGUCCCCAGUGGAGUGCCUGGCUUCCUGCUUAGGCCCCUUGCAUUGAAGGAGCGGGCCCUGCUGGCCAUGGGCCCGGUCCUGGGGAGACCACCCCAGGCCCUGCCUGAGCCCCACCCACAGAGCCAGCAGCUUGGGCUGAGAUCAACAGCUUGUUCUCAGAUGAGGAGCUGUCCCUUACAGACUAAACUGAGGGGAAAGGCAUGUUGCUUUCCAGAAGCAUGUGGCUUUUGAAUUGAUACAAGCAGUCUCCCUGGAGGUUGGUUUUGAGCUCCCCUCACUCUGGUUUGCCUCAGUCAGGGCAAGAGCAAACCUGCUGCUUCAGCCUCCCUGGUGAUGCUUUGCCUCACUUUUGAGGGGAGCAUCCUGCAACCACUUAGUCUUAGGCCCAGGGCUCUGAUCACUUGUGCGGCAUCCCUGAAGGGGGCUCACUCUCCAGCACCCAGCCCUCCCUUGAGCCUUACCAGGGAAGGCUUGGUUUGCAGCCACAAACUUCAGGAAACUUACGUCCCCAAGCAUUGUUGCUGGCCCUGGACUUGUUUGGCUCCUGUAGACCGGGAAUUUCAAAGAAUUCCAAUAUCCAAUUUAGAAUUCCUUCCAGGGGCUUUGUUUGCAGCUGGACCAUAAAGCAGAGGGGAAUUAGAAAUGGAUCCGGUGCCUGACUUCCAGAAUUGGUUUGGGGUGGGGGGAGGUCACAGGCACUGAUAUUUGGGUGAUGUCUGUUAGGACUUCAGCGCCUCAGCUGCCUAGAUUGUAAAUGCUUUCUGAAUUUCACAUAUUUUUUUGCAUGCCUUAGGAAGAAGCACAUAGACGAAACCAGCAGUUUCCAGUAAUGUAGAGGGGUUUUUGAGAACAGCCGCUGGCACAGAGGAGAGACUGAGAAAGGAUGGAGCACAUGUGACCUGUGUGCCUGGUUACUCAGAGGCCUCCAUGCAAGUAGCAAAGCAGGUGUUAAGGGCUUGUCAGUAAAAUGUA